AUGACAGAGGACAAUUGUUUCGUUUAUGCUUGCAUUCAGGCUGGAGUAAAUGAAGAAACUAUUGACCACAUGAGAGAAGUCAUUCGUGUUAGAGACUUUCCUCAAAGUAAAGUACAAGAAAUUUCUGACGCAACAGGUAUAGCAUUUAAUGUUACCAUUGGUUAUUUCAAUGACUCAAGACAUAAUGAAAUAAAGAGAUAUAUACCAAAAGAAUGCGAAACUGUUAGAACUAUUGACUUACUUCUUGUUGAAGACCACUACAUGCUAAAUGAAAGACUUCCAAUGACAACAUACUUCAUUCGAAACUAUAAAGAAAUUCUCAAAGCUUGUGGUGGAAUGAACAUUGAGAAACAGAUGAAGAUUUAUACAAAGAGAGAAGAUAAAUAUGUAGUUCGUUAUGAUAGAACAACACCGUUAUGGGAUGUUAUGAAAACAUUGUGGGAGUGCAAAUAUUUCGAACCUAUUUCUUAUGGAGAACUUUUCACAUAUACUACUGACUUAUAUAAACAGAACCUUGCACCAUUUAAAGAUUUGACAUAUGCUCCAAAGUAUUGUGUACAACUGAAGAAGAAAGCAGAGUCAAAAGAAGUAAAUAAAGCUAAAUGUAAAUUCAUACCUGAGCACGUUUUCUUUGCUGACUUUGAGUGUAGUACGGAUGGCUUUCAUAAAGCUUUUAACAUCUGUUAUGACAGUGAAGAUGGUUCAGUGAGUGAAAGCAUUUGGGGUCAAAACUGUGCAACAGAAUUUUUGGAAAGACUUCCUGACAAGAGUUUAAUAUAUUUCCAUAACCUCAGUUAUGACAUAAACUUCAUCUUAAGACACAUGACAGAAGUGAAAGGAACUCCCAUCAUUAAAGGUUCACGAACAAUGCAAAUAACUG